AUGAGUUGGGGAUAACCUGAAGAAGUACCUUAGCAAGCAUAAUCUUGGGGUAAUGCAGAAUCAACAUGGGGCAAUAAUGGAGAUUAAUAAUAAUAGGAUAAUAAGCCCGCAUGGGGUGAUUCUAAUAAUGGUUAGGAGAAUAAGGAAUUUAGAGGAAGAGGUGGACGAGGAGGUAGAGGCGGAAGAGGAGAUAGAGGAGGAAGAGGAAGAGGAGGAGAUAGAGGUGGACGAGGAGGCAGAGGUAGAGGAAGAGGCAAUAAUGAAAACAAAGAAGAAGGAGAAAUAAAGCCUUAAAAUGAAGGCGGAGGUUGGGGAUAAUAGACAUCUGAGGGAUGGGGUUAAUCAUAGUAAGAGAAUAAAGAACCAGCCCAAGGGUAAUCUGAUGGUAAUAAUUGGGGUGGAGGAGCACCUACAGAGAAUGCUGGAGGAUGGGGAUCAUCAAACAAUGAAGCUCAGGGCUGGGGUGGAAAUCAAGAAAAUAAUAAUAAUCAAGAUGGUUAAUAAGAAUAAUAGAAGGGUAAAGGGAAAGGAAGGAAGAGAGAUUCACCUCCUCCUGCUAAAAGAGUGAGACCGAAUCCAAUAGUAAUCACAGUAGAAGAUGAAGAGGAUAGUGAAACUUAGCAUGUUAUAAUUAAUGAAUACCCAGUGUUGUAAAAUAAGUAGAAGGGACUGAUCAAGAGUGAGGAAUAGUAAGUGUGCUUUGNCUUUAUAAGAAAAUUCUUGGUAUUUAAAUAUUCAGUACUAAUUGAUUUUAAUAAAAGUAACAAAAAAUAAUAUUUGCUUGCAAAAUUCAAAAAUGGGUUGUUGUUCUACUAAAGGAAGACGAAAAGGCUCACUUUCUAUUCCAAAAGCUAGUAUUUUAAAAAAAACAAACCCUUCUCAAUAAGUUUAAAAAGAAUUAGUCAACACGAAAAAGAAAACACUCAGUUUUUAAAUGCUGUCCAUAAAUUCCUAGGAAGUGAAUAGAAGAAGCCUUUAUACCAGACAAAUUAUUUCGGACUGAAAUGA